AUGUAUGAGGUCGAAGAGAAUAUGAGUGGAAGUAGUACAAAUAAGGAACUUAAAUGUAAUAAGGGGCCGGGGAGUUGGAAUUCAUACGAGAGUCAAGUGGAACAACAUUUAUCACAAGUCAGCGAUAAAGAGAACUUAACUAAGAAACUUUUACGUAUGGCAUGCUGCGUUCUUGGUGCCUAUGGUGACGACCCUAGGGGAGGCGGAGGUUGUGAUCUCCUUUAUUAUGUAGUGGGGAGCAUAUUACAUAGGAAUUUAACUAAUAAAGGGUCAUUUGAUAGUAUUAUGGAGGAAGUGCAUAAAAUAUUGGGAGAGGCACUAAGUAAUGGGAACUGUAAAGAUUUGCCAAGUAAAGGUGGGACAAAGCUCUUCGAGUUAAUGGAAAAAUUGUCCUACUACAGAGUGGACCCUAAGAAUGUAUGGACAGAAAAAGUGAGUUCCAAGGAAGUAAGUUGUGAGGGAUGCACUAAUUAUUUAAAAAAAGUGGCCACAGCACUUGGGAAGGUGAAGGAAUAUUGUGCAGAAUCCCAGAAUAAGGAUGAGUGUACCGGAAUUCCAGAGGAGGAAGGUGAUCAAGGUAGCCCUGGGUAUUUAUUAGGGUUAAUGUAUGGCAUAAUUCCUGAUCUGGAGGCUACAUUAGAGGCCGAGAGGGAACAGGAACAAUGUUUGAAGCACUUACCUUCAAAUUUGAGAUAUCGUUCACUCCUUAAUGUCAUAAAGAAGUGUAAUGAUGAACACAUGUCCGGAAAGGAAGGAAUAAAGACUGCAAUGGAAAAUUCACUGAAACAGUAUCAAGGAACCCCUUAUUAUGCAGAUCAAAUUAUAAAUACGUGGUGUUACGCAAAUGGGUUAGGGGAAAGUACAUUGUCAGGCGGGGAACAUUGUCGUUAUUUCUAUUUUUGGCUAGGUGGUAUAUUAUCUAGUGUACGGGGGGAAGUUCAAAAUUUCUCCUCACUUAUGAAGGCGAUAUACGAUGAAUUGGCGAAAUUUGGUAUUAAUGAUGGCUGCACUAAUAUAUACGAACAGGACAGCAUUGACAAUAUCGACAUUUUCAAUAACAUGAAAUUAAUAUAUGAUUAUUCUAAGGACCACGGAACUAUAAAACAAUAUGUGGAAAAUCCCCAGGGUGCUGGAUUUUCCUGUGCUAAACACUAUUCUAGUUAUUUGGACAUAGUUAUUUCAGCAUACAACGAUAUGAACUCCAGAUGUUCAGGGGGGAAUGGUAAACAAUGGUGUGCAGCAUAUAGGGACAUGCUUGAUCAGCGUAGUGAGGAAGAACUACUAAAAUUAAGGUCUUCCCUAAAAAAUAUAUCCCCCCCGUCCACUACCAACAGUGCCACCGCGGUCACCACGGGCUCCGCCGUGGGUGGUACAUUAUUCACGUUAGGAUUACCAUUAGCUGCUUUCCUUUCUUACAAGUAUGAUCUUUUACCAUCUGGAAUACGUAAAUUCUUCUUAAGAGGCGGAAGUGGAACCAGAAUGAGAAGAUCAGCAUUUGAACCGAAUUCUGGCACGGAAAUGGGAAAUUUCACUGAAUAUUACACAGAAAACGGCUCAACAACAAUAGAUCCAACAGAAUAUUCCACAGUAGCAGGUUCAUCAUCUAAUUUAACAACAACUUCAACAGAGGACAGUUCUAUUUUAUAUAAUGAAGAUGGACCAUCACGAUCACCACCAUCACCACCAUUACCGAGAAAAAAAAGGGGAGGAGGAAAUAAUCGAAGGGGCCAAAAUAUUAGUUAUCAUAGUAUGGAACGUUGA